AUGUAUUAUAUCCAGAUGAGCUUUAUAGCCGGGACGUCUACCAUUAAGGACCGAGUACUAUACCCGUCCAUGUAUAGUACGGUAUUUAUACAAGACGACCUCAAUCCACUCCGUAUAGGGAUGAUGAAGUACUUUGGUUGGACCCAGGUAUCUACCAUCCUCUUUGACAAGGACUACUUUGGAUCACAAAUAGAUGAGUUCCACUCACUGCUACAAACAGAGAACUUCACCCUGCUAGCCUCUAGUGUUAUUGUUGACCUUGGCAGAACCAGUGAACAUAUUCUACGGUUAAAGCAAUAUAAUUCCAGAGUUAUAUUCGGAGCGUUCAGGUCAUCACAAGCACCGGCCAUAUUCUGUGAGGUGUACAAACAGGGCAUGUAUGGACAUAAAUACGUGUGGAUACUGUCAGGUACUUCGAUGUAUACGUCCUGGACAGAUUCGCGUCUGGACGGUGCCGGCACAGGAUGUACGAGAGAGCAGAUUCUGGAGGCAGCGCAAGGCUAUAUCACACUAGACAAUGAGUAUAUUGGAGAGAGUGACCAGCAAACAAUCAGUGGCAGGAGUGUCGCCGAAUAUGACAUAUUCAUCCGAAGUUAUAUGGCCCAAUUUCCUGAUUACAAGUUAACCAGGAAGCACACAUUUGGAUACGACACCGCCUGGGCGCUCGCGCUGGCCUUGAACGCCUCUAUUGCAUGUCUUAAUGGAUCUUCGCUGACUGCCUUUAACUACAAUAAUAGCGAUAUAUUGAACAUCAUUCAGGACAAAAUGGACCAAGUGCGUUUUGAAGGCGUAUCAGGACCUGUUUCUUUCAACAAUGGCCGACGUAUCGGAUUAUCCUACAUCCAGUCUAACAAAAAUUUUGUGAGGACUUCAGUGGCGAAGUUUGAUCCAGAGAAGGACGUCUUAAACUGGACUAUCUACCCAAGUAUGCUGUUCCAAGGAGGAAAAAUUCCUAAGGACGUUUUUACCUACGUGACGAAAUAUUUCACUGUCCCCCUCAGCGCUGUGGUCUCAAUAAUCAUCAUAGACGUCAUUGGAUUUGUAAUGGCGUUUGGUUUUCUAACAUUCAACAUAUAUUUCAGAGAAAAUCGAAACAUAAAGAUGUCCAGCCCUCGAAUAAACAACGUGAUAAUCAUUGGCGCUAUCAUCAUGUAUACAUCAGUGUGUAUCUCUACCUACAGUGCCUACAGCAUACCCAAUGUCGGCAAAGCCACGUGUAUGAUUAAUACCUGGGUGUACUCCUUAGGGUUCACGACCGUUUUUGGGGCUUUAUUCUCCAAGACCUGGCGAGUUCAUGUGCUCUUCAAGCAGACGUCGCUCGCACGAAAGGUCAUCAAAGACAGUCAGCUGUUCGGCCAGGUGGGGAUUCUUCUGCUCUUUGACGUCAUCCUGCUAACGGCCUGGUCAGUCUUUCAUCCACUGGAGAUGCAGCAGAUUAAAAUCAAUCGAGAGGCCUCUGAUGAUGAUGUCGUCCUAAUGGAGGUAUUUGUUCAAUGUAACCAUCGUUACUUUGUAUACUGGGCGGCUGCUGAGUACGCGUACAAGGGGCUCCUCUUAGCUUUUGGUACGUUUCUUGCCUGGGAAACACGGAACAUCCAUGUGCCUAUUCUCAACGACUCCGUAUACAUUGGGUUUUGCGUGUACAACAUUGUGGUAGUGUGUGCUAUCGGUGUGCCCACACAUCACAUCCUCAUGUUGGAGCAGUCCCUCCUCAAAUACAUUCUUCAAAAUAGCCUCACCAUCUUCUGCACCUCUCUAGUUCUCUGUAUCCUCUUUAUACCAAAGGCAAGUAUGGUGCCUUGUUCAAGGUAUUGUUAA